AUGGUCUUUAUUGUGAUGAGCUCUGAUGGUGAAGACUGCAGUGCCUUUCUCAGGGCAGAACUAGAGCAAGUUAAGAAGGAAGUUCCUAGAAUUGAAAAUGUCAAACUGAUUGCAGCUGUUCCCUUACUUGUAAGGGCAGAAAUCAAAAAAACAGAACACAAGCAGGUUGCCGUAACGUGCAUGUUUCAGCCAGCCUACCCAGCAGAACCACUGGUAACAGAACUGAGGUCCAAAACACUAGCAGACAGGUUUUUAGAUGGUUUAGCUAAAGUUUGUGACACUGAAGCUAGAAAACUGAAAGGAAAGCCCCAGGUUCUGCAUGUGAUUAAUUUUGUGAAAACAUUUAUUGAGGAGAACACGUUGUGUGUUUGUUCAGAAGAGAUUUCUACCAUAAAACGUUUGCUGACCGGAGACAAGGAUGAGAUCAAACUGAAGCAGAAGGCCUCAGAGCUGGUGGUCAAAGUCCAUCAGGAACAGUACUUUCUACAUAUUAAGAUCUCAGUUCCUGAUAAUUACCCACUGGUACAAAUCACGCCAGAAUUAACAGAGCACAAUUUCCCAGCAUUUUUGUACACUCAUUUCAAAGCUCAAGCUGCGGAGAUAGCUAGAAGAUGUGUCCAGCCUCCUCUGAAAAAGAAUCCAAAUCAGUCUCCUUUUGUACCCAAACCUUCACUACUGCCCACUUGUGAAUACCUGAUUGAAUGUGUGAAGAAAUACCCACUUGAAAAGUGUCAGUUGUGCCAUGAAAGAGCUUUACCGGUGGAUCCAUUGACUGAAAGUACCCAAAGAGGAAGACAGAUUGAGAAAGUCUACUGUGGGCACCUGUUUCAUUUUAUGUGCUUGAACAAGUUUAUGAAAACUCCACCGUUUGCAGAGGGAAAACAAUGUCCAACUUGUGGCAAGCAAAUCUUUCAUGACAAGUGGAAAGUGUCAUCAGAGGUCAUGGAAACUCGCUGGGCACACAAGCAAGCUAGACAGCGAGAAUUGGAAGAAGUUGCAGAUUUCAUGGAGUAG